AUGGUAAUAUCAAGUGGAUUAAAGGCAUGGAGAAAUAACCAUGUUGAUCAUUUUCGGGGGGCUAAUAGGACAUAUAUUGUUCGGUUAUUACACGUAGAAGACGGCCCGAGAAAGAAUCUUCCAUUUAAGAUUACAUCUAAGGGUAGAAUGGCAACAAAAAUACUAUUGUUUUUUGGAUUUGGGUUUUCCAUUCCAUUUGUAUCAUGCUAUUGGCAAUUAGAAACUAAUAUUAAUAUAGACAUUAUGAUUAAAUUAAAUAUGUUAAAAUAUUCUUUAUAA